CCGAGCGGCGGCGGCCGUGUGUAGCGCGUGGGUGGGGCAAUAAAAAGGAGGCAUUUUCCUCUCCACGCCCUAUCCCCGCGGUUGUGGCGACCAGAGGGUGGGCGCCUGUACAUGGGUUUGUGGCAGCUCGCGGUGCUCUGGGCGUAAAACUUGUGGCCUGGGCAGGAGGGGAGGGUUUACCCGCCCGCCGUCUUUGUUCCGUGUGUUCACCACUCUCUCCCCCUCCACUCUCUGAAGAAUUCGGUUUUAUUUUGUUUUAUUAAUUUUAAAAAACGAAUCCCAAGUGCCUGAAAAGGUUGAGCAAAGGGUGCAGUGAAUUGCAGGUCGUGCUGCACGGCGAUUGUGUGUGAGACUUCACCAGAGCUUUUGGAGAGGGAAACCUAUCCUUUUUUAAUUAUAGCAAAGAUUUAGUUUCUCUACAUAAGUUUAAAAGACAAGGGAAGUGGAUAACGUGAGUUUUGAGGCGUUUUUGUUCCACUGCGUCUGGUUAGUUUUUGAGGGCAUCGAUGGGUGAAGGUGGUGCUGUCCAAUUGCACCCUGCCUCUCGUUUUUUGCCAUCUUAAGUCGGAGAAGCGAGGAAGGUGUUCUUUUAUAUUUACUUCUUCUGGAUGAUGCUUUCUUCUGAGGCCACACCAGAGUCGCUCCGUUCCCCAUCUCAUGAAUCCAGGUCCUCGGAGCCAACCCCAACCACUUGUACCUCCGAGUGCCCCUUCACAGAGCCGGGAUUGAACUUCACCAACUCCGAUCUUGGCCUCGUGGACAUGAGCGAGGUUGAAUACACCCAGCUGCAGCACAUUCUAUAUUCGCAUAUGGAGUCCCAGUCGGGGGAAGGUGAAUUGGAGACUCGUCUGAAUUCUACAUUGUACCAGUCUGCCAAUCCUACCAACCAGGCUGCAUUUUCAACAGCCAACUCAUCUAACCAGGUUCCCUACUCAACAGCCAACUCUGCCAAUCAGAAUCUGUACCCUGUUACCAGUACUACGAACCCCACUUCAGAAUCUCACUAUGUGGGUAACAACCAGUGUUUAGGGCACAUUGAUUUCCAAGAGUUAAAAAUGAUGCUUUUGAAUGACCCUCCACUACCUAUUAACAGCACUAAUAAUUUGCAAAAUUUGGAGAAAUUCUCCCAAAAUUCUUCUGCAGAAACCACCCGACCUAAUGGACUAACGCUGAAAAAUAGAGAGACAGUGGGUACUUCCGAUAAGGAGAAGAUUUCAGGGGACAGCUCAAUGGCGGGACAAGAAUCAAGAUGUAAAACUGGACCCAGAGUACGUCUUGAAGACAGAUUUAAUGCAGUCCAAAAUGAAAACCAGGAACGACAGGAGUUGCAGGAUUCAGGAGUUACUUUUAACAAUUUGGUUGCUUUGAUCCGGCAUCCUUCAGAGUUGAUGGGGAUACCUCUCCAUCCACAGCAAAACAAAUGUACUACUUUAGUCAAAAGCAAGACUGGGACUUCUGCUCUGCAAUUUGCUUACCCUUUAUACACACCAAACACUUGUACACCAACUGGCAGUACUACCUCUGGUCAAACUCAGGGCACAGGAAGCCAAGCAAAUGUGCUAGAAUCUGCCAGCGCACAGGAGCUUACCCUGCCCAGAGCAUUCUCUUUAUGUUUCCAGCAGGAACUCCAAUCAGCAAGGCAGGCAUUGAGUAACUGCAACAGAAACAAAUCUUUACCUGAGCAAGUCUGGAUUAAGGUAGAAGAUGAAACUCUACGUAAACAAGUAGUGAACAAACGAUGUCGUAGUCGCACACGGCAAGCCAAUGUAGAAACAGAACACAAAGUUCUUAGUGACCUUACUAACAUGACAGAGAAUCAAAAUGCAAAUAUUGCCCAAGGUGGGCAGUGGCAAACGACACAUCCCACCACCCCUGGCCCCACGCAUGGGAACCAACAAGAACUGAAUUGCCAGCGUAGAGAGAGACACAACCGAAUGGAGAGAGAUCGCAGGCGCAGGAUCCGUAUAUGUUGUGACGAGUUGAAUUAUCUUGUUCCAUUCUGCAAUUCUGAGACUGAUAAGGCUACAACGUUACAAUGGACUACUGCUUUUCUCAAGUAUAUUCAGGAAAAACAUGGUGAUACACUAAAAAAGGAAUUUGAGAGUGUUUUCUGUGGGAAAACUGGCAGAAGAUUGAAACAACCAAGAAUAGAAGCACCAGUAGAUCACACUGUAACUACGAGUGUACACAAUCAUGGUGUGAUGGAAAGUAAAUGAACUCCAGAAUGAGUGAAGUUACAGUUCCAAGAGAGGUACAAAGUUAAAUGUAUCUCCCUGAUUGACUAUAUCGAAAGUCAGAAUCAGGAAAUGGAAAAGGGUAGCGAAACAGAGCAAUAAACUACUUGUCAUUCCAGCAUAGUGGUUAGGUGGUAUUAUCACUGGCAAUGUUCAGAACUCUAAACUUGCACUGUGAAAUCAAAGAUGGUGGCAGAAAAUUUGAGUCCACCAUGAUUUGUGCCAUAUAACUCUAUUUCCGUAAUCCCUAGAGGUCCAGGUAUUUUACUUAGCUGUCCAUCAUUUUUAUUUGUACUUUUAUUUCUCAUUAUUUUUCCUGAGGGAACAUUUCAAAAUAUGAACAGGCAUAUAGACGAAUGCUGUUCUUUGAUCUUUAUGUCCAGAUAUAUGAUGAAUAAUCAGUCAUCAAUGAUGUUUACAUUUGGCUGAGUUAAAGCUCAAGAAUAUUAUCAUGGCUAUCAGGCCACCCAUGUAAACCUUUCAAAAUAUUUUAAUAUGCGCUAUAAAUUAUAUAAAUGUUUUAAUACACAUAUUUAAAAAUCACGGUUGAUUCAUAUUUUCCCUACCUGUCUUUGAUAUUUAAAUUGAAUGCAGUUGGAGCAGUGGUGUUGACCAAUCACAGCAUUGGUAUGAUGCCUGAACAUUGUAUAAAUUAAUUUUUGUUAGCUGGAAAAUGUUGACAACAGCAACAUUAACACACUGAACAACUCUACACCCAAAUGCUGCUAAUAAAAUGAAAAUGCAGUUAAAGAGACAGUAUCCAUUUAAUUAUAAAUGAUGAAACAUCCACAACUACAAAGGUACUUGGUGAAAGCUCAGAGUAAGAGUGCAUAAAUGUGUAUGUUUUAUCAUACUGAAGUGUUUUUAUCACAGUAUGAACAGUUUAGGAAAAGAAAAACUUAUUUUCACAAGACUGAAGCACUUUAAUAAAGCAUGCUAAUAGGGUUGUUAUGUUUUAUAUGCCAUCCAGUGUGUGGCAAAAAGAGGAUGCUGUCCCUUUACUGGAAACUGAUAGUUAACUACUAUAUAAGCUUUAACAUUUUGCAAUAUAUUUAAGGUACAAGAUAUUUAUAAUCUUUAGCAAUACAAAAUGAUUUCUUACUCUAUAAAGAGGUUUUAUUCAUUAAAUGGAUCUGUUUGGUUUUAUUUCAAUGACCUGUUAAUUGUUGAUAGUGCUAUUAAUAUUUAAAAUAAAGGAUGACCAAAUACUUUAAAAUAAAUUUGUUGCAUAAAUUAAUAAACCUUACAUUUAACUAUAUGAUUUAAGUAUAUUUCAUAUAUUAGUUAAACUGGAUAGUUUUUAGUUAAUAUGUUCAAAAUAAAUAUAAACAGUAAUCCUUGAAGGGUUUUCUGUCAACUUAGCAGUGUGUAAAUAACAAAGCAAGUAUAUUAAUGAAAGAUGUUUCACAGUAUAUUAAAGAUUUCUGAUUUAAAAAAAGAUCUAUCACUAUCAUUAAAUUUAAAAACAAAUUUGUAUUUAUCUUUGAGCUAAUAAAGGUAUUCAUCCAA